UUCCAUCGUCUCGGCUUCUACAUUUCUCACACGAGAGGAUAGCCAAAAGCUCUCCCUCAUUUCUGAUGUGUAAAUAAAUCUCCCCACACACCACACUUUCUCCUUCUCUUACCAUCUCUCUUCAUUCUCUCUCUUUCUCUCUCUCUCUCCCCCUCUCUAUAUAUAAAUAUAUAUACUUGGGUAGUUCAGCCAAAGGGUGAAUUUUGAAGAAAAAGCAAAGAAAGAGAGAGCAAUAGAGAGGGCCUUUCCAGCCCUCUGCUCGUUAUAUAUGCCUCUCUUCAGAUCUUGAAUUCUAUCCAUUUCUCAUCUGGGCCUUCACCUUUUGAUGGAAAUGGAGCCUGGAAAAUUGUUUGUUGGUGGGAUUUCCUGGGACACCACUGAAGAGCGUCUCAGAGCUUAUUUCCAAACAUUUGGUGAAGUAGUUGAGGCAGUGAUCAUGAAAGAUCGGACCACAGGACGUGCCCGCGGUUUUGGUUUUGUUGUUUUUGCUGAUCCUUCUGUUGCUGAAAGAGUUGUUAAGGAAAAGCACAUGAUCGAUGGUCGAACUGUAGAGGCAAAAAAGGCUGUGCCUAGGGAAGAUCAACACACCCCGAAUAGGAACAACGGAAUUAUACAGUCUCCACAAAGUUCCAUACGCACAAAAAAGAUUUUUGUAGGUGGUUUGGCAUCCUCAGUGACUGAGAGCGACUUCAAGAGUUAUUUUGAUCAAUUUGGAACAAUCACCGAUGUUGUGGUGAUGUAUGAUCACAACACACAGCGGCCUAGAGGUUUUGGAUUCAUCACUUAUGACUCGGAGGAAGCUGUAGAUAAAGUUCUGCACAAAACCUUUCAUGAACUUAACGGCAAAAUGGUUGAAGUCAAGCGUGCUGUUCCAAAGGAGUUAUCUCCCGGGCCAACGAGAAGUCCAUUAGCUGGAUAUAACUAUGGUUUGAACAGAGUAAGCAAUUUUCUCAAUGCGUACUCUCAAGGUUACAAUCUGGGUUCAAUAGGAAGUUAUGGAGUAAGGAUGGAUAGAUUUAGUCCAACUGCUCUUGGACGUACUGGAUAUUCUUCACUUAAUGCAUCCAACUAUAAUAUUGGACCAACUCUAGACCCGGCACUGAGUUCAAACUAUGGCGGAAGUGGGAGUUUUGGUUCUAAUGUUGGUUUUGGACAUGAUUUAAAUUCCUUCUACGGUGGGAACUCAAAUAGGUAUAUUGGUCCAAUGGGAUAUGCUUUGGGGGGGCGGGUUGGAAGUGGCUCUAUGCUGACUUCAACUGGUCGGUCCAUGUUGGACAACGAUAGUGCUCAUUUUAGUACAAACACUACGAAUGUUAGUGAAUUUGUUGGCUCAGUAGGCGGGAAUACUGGAUUGAGCGCUGCCCUUGGAGGUCUUGGAACGAUAUGGGGUUCCUCUCCUAUCUCGGGUCAAGGUGGAAGGAACGGUUCCUCAGCAAGUGGCAACAUCAAUUACAACAAUGGAGCCAGCAGCUUUGCCGGUGUUGGAGGUUAUGGACAAAAUAGUGUUAACGGUCCUGCUGCAACAUCCUUAUUUCCUGCUAGGAAAGAUGUUCAUACCGGAGAUUUUGGAAACUUGUAUGGGACUGGGAGCAGUUCGUUGUAUGAGGACCCAACAUGGCGUUCACUUUCUCCCGAGCUUGAUCAUUCUACAUCUUUCAGCUAUGGGCUUGGAAGUAUGCCUUCAGAUGUUAUACCUAACAACUCGCUUGGUUAUGUUGGCUCGUUAUAGUGUUACAAUAGAUCAAAUAGAGGAAUUGCUGUGUAGGAAGAUACCUGUAUGGAAGUAUGGAGAUAUGAAAUGUUAUUAUAGGUGGAAAGUACAGUCUGAAUCAAAACGAAGGCUCGUGAAAGUAAUGCUAGAGGUACAUUUUCUUUAGAGCUAAUUCAAGCGCCUUCUAUAGAACUCGCUCAAUGAACAUUUACAUGGGAUUCUGUGAGGUUUGAACUUAGAUUUUUGUUUUACUCUUUGAUGUAGGCUUUUUUUUUUUCUUUCUGUUUUUCGUUUUCCCCUUCUCAUAUGGUUGAGAUGUAAAAUUGGAUAGCGGGAUAUACUUAAGUUAUUAUACCCCCCAUGCAUAUCUGGUGACCGCCAUGAGACAAAAAUGCAGGAUAAUUCUUUCCUCCGAUAGAUUCUUUUCUUCUUUUCCCCGUUAGCUGUAAUCACCAGCGGUUUGGUGGUGGAUGUUGUCAAGUCUUGCUGUCUUAUUCUUAAUCCCGAUACCGAUUGUGGGCGUCAUCACUUCAGUUUGCAUAUUGUAUGACAUGUUUUCUUAUCGACGAUGAAACACUGUUCAGAAUGCUCGGUCCCAAACGAAACGAUUAAAUAUUAAAUAGCAGAUCUUGUUGCUGUUUUUCUCCAUUA